AUGUUCACUACAUUGCUGCAGGUGAAAAUUACCGAGAAUCCUCGUGAUGUUCACUACAUGCUGCAGGUGAAAAUUACCGAGAAUCCUCGUGAUGUUCACUACAUGCUGCAUAGAAAAUUUACUGGGGACCCUCCUGAUGUUCACUACAUGCUGCAGGUGAAAUUUACCGGGAAUCCUCGUGAUGUUCACUACAUGCUGCAGGUGAAAUUUACCGGGAAUCCUCGUGAUGUUCACUACAUGCUGCAGAUAAAAUUUACUGGGGAUCCUCGUGAUGUUCACUACAUGCUGCAGGUGAAAUAUACCAGGAAACCUCCUGAUGUUCACUACAUGCUGCAGGUGAAAUAUACCGGGUAUCCUUGUGAUGUUCACUACAUGCUGCAGGUGAAAUAUACCAGGAAACCUCCUGAUGUUCACUACAUUCUGCAAGUGAAAUUUAAUGGGGAUCCUCGUGAUGUUCACUACAUGCUGCAUAUAAAAUUUACCAGGGAUCCUCGUGCUGUUCAUUACAUGCUGCAAGUGAAAUUUACUGGUAAUCCUCGUGAUGUUCACCACAUGCUGCAUAUAAAAUUUACUGGGGACCCUCCUGAUGUUCACUACAUGUUGCAGGUCAAAUUUACUGGGGAUCCUUGUGAUGUUCACUACAUGCUGCAGGUGAAAUUUACUGAAGAUCCUUGUGAUGUUCACUACAUGACCCAGGUGAAAUAUACCAGGGAACGUCAUGAUGUUCACUACAUGCUGCAGGUGAAAUUUACCAGGAAUCCUCGUAAUGUUCACUACAUGCUGCAGGUGAAAUUUACCGGGGAUCCUCCUGAUGUUCACUACAUGCUACAGGUGAAAUUUACCGGGGAUCCUCGUGAUGUUCACUACAUACUGCAGGUGAAAUUUACUGGGGAUCCUCGUGAUGUUCACCACAUGCUGCAGGUGAAAUUUACCGGGGAUCCUGGUGAUGUUCACUACAUGCUGCAGGUGAAAUUUACUGGGGAUCCUCGUGAUGUUCACCACAUGCUGCAAGUGAAAUUUACCAGGGAUCCUCGUGAUGUUCACUACAUGCUGCAGGUGAAAUUUACCGGGGAUCCUGGUGAUGUUCACUACAUGCUGCAUAUAAAAUUUACCGGGGAUCCUCGUGAUGUUCACUACAUGUUGCAGGUGAAAUUUACUGGGGAUCCUCGUGAUGCUCACUACAUGCUGCAGGUGAAAUUUACCGUUCAUCCUCGUGAUGUUCACUACAGGCUGUAA